GCAUGUGCCUAAAAAAACAAGUGCUUGACCCAUCAACGAGAAGCGGAGAUUCGUCAGUCAACAACUACGACGCCAUCUUAUUACUUUAAGGUAGAGAGAGACAGAGACAGAUAGGCAAGGUUGUCAUCAUAACUGGGAAUUAUGAGCGGAGCUAAAGGCCGCAUCGACCCGCCUGUUGCUGCUGAGAAUGUCUCGAGCGCCGGGCACAGUUCCGCGGCUCCUGCGCGGGAGCGCAAGCCAAGUGGAGGGGUUCUGAAGAGACUCAAGUCUCGGCGAAGCCAGGUUGAUAGUAGGCCCGUCACAGAAGACCAUCUGCGGACACAAGUUGGCCACAUCACCCCUGAAGAGGUCCUAGGAUUGCGGGUUGCUACACGGGGGUACCUGUGUAAACCAGAGGACAACAUCUUCAACAUAGAUUUCAUUCGCUUUAAAAUCAGAGACCUGGAGACAGAGACUGUGUUGUUUGAAAUUGCCAAACCACCUCAUACGGAGGAAGACGAGGAGAAUGGAGAGGGAGACAUGAGUGCAGGACGUUUCGUACGCUACCAGUUCACAGCAGCAUUCCUACAACUGAGGACAGUGGGAGCCACAGUGGAGUUUACAGUUGGCACACGGCCUCUGAACAGCUUCAGGAUGAUUGAGAGGCACUACUUCAGGGAUCACCUCCUGAAGAGCUUUGACUUUGACUUCGGCUUCUGUAUCCCAAACAGCCGCAAUACUUGCGAACACAUCUACGAGUUCCCUCAGCUGUCCGAGAGCUUGGUUUGUCAGAUGGUGGAACAUCCCUACGAGACGAGGUCAGACAGCUUCUACUUUGUUGACAACAGACUGGUCAUGCACAACAAGGCAGACUACGCUUAUAACGGGGGCAGGCAUUGAGUGUGUGUGUGUGUGUGUGUGUGCGCGUGUGUGUGUGUGUGUGCGCGUGCUGUGCCCAAGCCUAUACUCACACCAGCAGACUCUCCCCCAAAUGUGGAUUACUGUAAGUUAAAAAAGCCUUUAUUGUCAUGGUAUAGCUGUAUAGUAUGGAAAAGUUUAAAAACAGCAGGACAGAGCCGCAUAGAGCCACAUAGACUACUGGCAGUAGUAUGGCAAAACUCUGCCAAUAGUGCUUUCUCUGUACCACCAAAAGGAAGCAGGUUGAACCCCAAUGAUGUGUCUCAACUAACCAAAUGGUUGAUUUUAGUGUGUAGUUGGACAGUUGAUGUACUGUGCACUCCUUGGCUUUUAAGGGAAAGCAUAUUCCCCACUUUUGUUGAACCAUGAGAAGCACUAGUUUCCCACCAAAUGCAGCUUUUUAGGAGUGAGUCAUACCCGUAAAAGACCCAACAAUGACCACACACACAGGCAGACAAACAAUCUUUCUCUCUUUCUCUCCCUAUUUCUAUUUCUCUCUAUCGUAACCUGCUGUGCUCAGGCCCACACUCCAGUCUGGAAAUAUAAUUAAGAUGGGAAUGGGGAAGACAUCCACGCACUCACACACUCACUGUCAAAUACACAUGUUGUGGGGGUGCUUUCCUGCAGGAGGGACUGGUGAACAUCACAAAAUAGAUGGCAUCAUGAGGAAAUAAAAUUAUGUGGAUAUAUUGAUGC